UCCUGGCUUUAAUUUGCUUUAUUGCCACCAGAGGGAAGUGGAGACACACUGGUGGCUUUCCCAGGGAAGCAAAACUCCAGCGCACCCCCAGCAGAACUGUUCCAAGGUUAUUAGGGACCACUCAUCCCAAGGUUAUUAGGGACCUUGGAUCCUCCUGCCACGGGGAGCAGAGCUGUCACCUGUUAAUAGCCGAUCCACGCUGCCACCAAAUCCUUUGGAAAACUGCCAAUUGCAAAGCUGACAAAGUCUUCCAGAAUGUGCUCGUGGAGUGGUCAAUGUUGAUUUGACCCAAAUAAAAACCCAAACUCUACAUGCUGAAUGCAGAACUAAUUAAUAAAUUGUUUUAUCUCUGUCCAUGAUUCCCAUCAGUCUGGAAGAUCACUGAGAGCUUGUUCUCACCCACCAAAAGAUUUAAGGUGUCCUUGAACUGCAAAGACUUAAAACUGCUGUUCAGAGAGAGCACAGAGCUGCUAAGCAAACCCAGAAGCUCCCAGCAGCUGGAAAAUCAACUCCCUAACAACUCUGAACUGAAACAUUAAUCAAACCCCUGACAAAAUUCCUGCAGAGAUCCAGAGCUCAGAUGAGCUUCCAAGUGCAGUGCAGGCUGCUUUAAGAGACGUGACUGUACCCGACUGUACCCGGAACUGAGGGAGGGCACUUGCUGAACUUUGCCUGCGGUUACACACCAAGUUGUGCUGCCCAGCUUGUCCCAGCUUCGGAACAAGCUGGCAGCUCCUCCCCUGGACUCUGGUCACUGCUUGGCUGCACCUGCACUGUUCAGUCCUCGCUUGUGACCGGACUGAGAAAUCAGCUGGAGAAAAGCAUCCACCAGAGCAACCCAAGCAGCUGAAUGUACUUGAGAGGACACAAAUGCAGCUCUGACUGGGCUCCCCAAGCUCUGCCACACAGGAGAAGCAGUUCUGCUCUGCACAGAUCCUCUGCCCGCGCUGAAAAUGCCAGAGGCCGCUGCUAGUGUCCUCCUGCUCCGUGCUGGCCUGGCACUGCUAGCUUGGCCUGUCUACCUGCUGUCCUUCCUAGGCAUCUGGGAACCUUUCUGCAGGAAGGUCUUUUUUCCAUUCUUCUUAGAAAAGAUUUCUGGGGUUCACGAAAAGAAAUCAAAGAAGCACAAGCAGGAGCUAUUCCGCAAUCUGCCUGACUUCAGGGGUCCCUCCGGGCAGCUGCGGCUGCUGGAGAUUGGCACCGGCAGCGGCUCCAACUUCCAGUUCUACCCACCGGGCUGCAGAGUCACUUGCACCGACAUCAACCCCAACUUCCAGGAGGGCCUCUCCAGAAACAUGAAGAAGCACCAGCACCUCCACUACGAGCAGUUCCUGGUGGCCGCGGGAGAGGACCUGCGGCAGGUGCCCAGCGGCUCGGUGGACGCUGUGGUUUGCACCCUGGUGCUGUGCUCCGUGCACAGCGUCAGCAGCACCCUGAGGGAAGUGCUCCGGGUGCUCCGGCCGGGAGGAGCCUUCUAUUUCUUGGAGCACGUGGCCGCUGAGCAUUCCAGCUGGACGUAUUUUUGGCAGCAAGUCUGUUACCCGACUUGGAAACUCGUCUUUGCUGGAUGCUGCCUCACGAGAGAGCUGUGGAAGAAUCUGGAAGAGGCAAAGUUCUCUGAGCUGAAGAUACAACACAUCAGCGUGGCGAUACCCUGGAUGCCCAUCGAGCCGCACAUUGUGGGGUAUGGGGUGAAGUAACCCCUGUCCUGCCCCCCGUCCCCCAAAAUUCCUCAUCGUGACCCACACAACCCUGGACAGCACAGGCUCCUCCACAUGUGCCCAUAUCCAUAACACAGCGAAGGACUUGAAUCAGAAACCAAACUGUCAGGUGAGAAGAGAGGGUCAAUUUCCUGAAUGUCUCUGAAUCACACAAUCAACAAAGCUAGAAAAGCCCUUUUGGAUCACAGUCCAAGGGUAACUCAGCACCAGCACCGUGUUCACCACUAAACCCUUUCCCCAAGUGCCAUAUCCACACGGUUUUUGAACACUUCCAGGGAUGGUGACUUCACCACUGCCCUCGGCAACCUGUGCCAGGGCAGCCCUUUCUGUGAAGAAACCUUUCCUCUUAUCUAAUUAAACCUCCCCUGGUAUACCUUGAA